GACCUUUGAGGAGGAAAUCGCUGCUCUCUGCUCCUUCCUGUAGUAGCAGCUUCAGCCGCAGCUGUUGCCGCGGGCCCAGGAGAGAAGAGCCCGGGCGCGGAGAGCUGCGGUCCGCUGCUGCGGGCUCGUAGGUGCAAAGUCAUGGCAGGCUGGAUCCAGGCACAACAAUUGCAAGGGGAUGCCCUCCGCCAGAUGCAGGUCCUCUAUGGACAGCACUUCCCCAUUGAAGUCCGCCACUAUUUGGCUCAGUGGAUUGAGAGCCAGGCUUGGAAUUCCAUUGACCUGGACAAUCCCCAAGACAGUGUCCAAGCUGCCCAGCUCCUAGAGGGCCUGAUCCAAGAGCUGCAGAAGAAGGCUGAACACCAAGUGGGGGAAGAUGGGUUUUUACUGAAGAUCAAGCUAGGCCAUUAUGCAACUCAGCUGCAGAGCACUUACGACCGCUGCCCCAUGGAGCUGGUCCGAUGCAUCCGGCACAUAUUAUACAAUGAACAGAGACUAGUCCGAGAAGCUACCAACUGUAGUUCUCCAGCUGGGAAUCUGGCUGAUGCUAUGUCCCAGAAACACCUGCAGAUCAACCAGACAUUUGAGGAGCUGCGACUGGUCACUCAGGACACAGAGAAUGAGCUGAAGAAGCUGCAGCAGACUCAGGAGUAUUUCAUCAUCCAAUACCAGGAGAGCCUCAGAAACCAGGCUCAGUUCUCCCAGCUGUCACAGUUGAGUCCCCAGGAACGCUUGACAAGGGAAACAGCACUUCAGCAGAAGCAGGUGUCCCUGGAGGCCUGGCUGCAGCGUGAGGCCCAGACUCUCCAGCAGUACCGUGUGGAGCUGGCAGAGAAACACCAGAAGACCCUCCAGCUGCUCCGGAAGCAGCAAACUAUCAUUCUGGAUGAUGAGCUGAUCCAGUGGAAGAGAAGGCAGCAACUGGCUGGGAAUGGAGGGCCUCCAGAGGGCAGCCUGGACGUUCUACAGUCUUGGUGUGAGAAGUUGGCUGAGAUCAUCUGGCAGAACCGGCAGCAGAUCAGGAGGGCUGAGCAUCUUUGUCAGCAGUUGCCUAUCCCUGGACCCGUGGAGGAGAUGCUGACUGAGCUCAAUGCCACCAUCACAGAUAUCAUCUCUGCUUUGGUGACCAGCACCUUCAUCAUUGAGAAGCAGCCCCCUCAGGUCCUGAAGACACAGACCAAGUUUGCAGCUACAGUGCGUCUCCUGGUGGGUGGGAAAUUGAAUGUGCACAUGAACCCUCCUCAAGUGAAGGCCACCAUCAUCAGUGAGCAGCAGGCCAAGUCUUUGCUGAAGAACGAGAACACUCGAAAUGAGUGCAGUGGGGAGAUUUUGAACAAUUGCUGUGUGAUGGAAUAUCACCAGGCAACGGGUACCCUCAGCGCACACUUCAGGAAUAUGUCCCUGAAGAGGAUUAAGCGGGCAGACAGGCGAGGUGCAGAGUCGGUGACGGAGGAGAAAUUCACAGUCCUCUUCGAGUCUCAGUUCAGCAUUGGGGGAAAUGAGCUUGUAUUUCAAGUUAAGACCCUGUCCCUUCCAGUGGUGGUCAUUGUUCACGGGAGCCAGGACCACAAUGCAACAGCUACGGUGCUAUGGGACAAUGCGUUUGCUGAGCCCGGCCGGGUGCCAUUUGCUGUACCUGAUAAAGUACUGUGGCCCCAGCUGUGCGAGGCUCUCAACAUGAAGUUCAAGGCAGAAGUCCAGAGCAACCGAGGCCUGACAAAGGAGAACUUGGUGUUCCUGGCUCAGAAGCUAUUCAACAGCAGCAGCAAUAACAUGGAAGAUUACAACAGCAUGGCCAUCUCUUGGUCCCAGUUCAACAGGGAGAACCUGCCAGGCUGGAAUUACACAUUCUGGCAGUGGUUUGAUGGGGUGAUGGACGUGCUGAGGAAACAUCACAAGCCCCAUUGGAAUGAUGGGGCCAUCUUGGGUUUCGUGAACAAGCAGCAGGCCCAUGACUUGCUCAUCAACAAACCUGAUGGAACUUUCCUGCUGCGAUUCAGUGACUCUGAAAUUGGGGGUAUCACCAUUGCCUGGAAGUUUGACUCCCCGGAUCGGAACCUGUGGAACCUGAAGCCAUUCACAACAAAGGAUUUCUCCAUCCGAUCCCUGGCUGACCGCCUGGGAGACCUGAACUAUCUCAUCUACGUGUUCCCAGACCGACCCAAGGAUGAAGUUUUCUCCAAGUAUUACACUCCUGUGCUUGGUAAAGCUGUGGAUGGAUAUGUGAAACCACAGAUCAAGCAGGUGGUCCCAGAGUUUGUCAGUGCAUCUGCAGAUUCUUCAGGGGGCAGUGCCACAUUCAUGGAUCAGGCCCCAUCCCCAGCCGUGUGCUCCCAGUCUCAUUAUAACAUGUAUCCCCAGAACCCUGACUCUGUCCUUGAUCCUGAUGCGGAUUUUGACCUGGAUGAAACCAUGGAUGUAGCAAGACAUGUUGAAGAACUUUUAAGCCGACCGAUGGACAGUCAGUGGAUCCCCCACACCCAGUCAUGACUCCUUACUCUGCCACUCCAAGUCUCAUCACCCUCUUCUCUCUUCUCCUUGAUGGGUGUUAAAUCCACGCAUCAUUGGAAACAAUACUCAUAAUGUGAAGUGUUGAUGGUUGUUGGGACCUCAGCAUUUCUGUGUGUGUGAUGCCAGUGGGGUGGGUGGGUAUGUAGCCAAGUGGUUUCUUCCCUUACCGUCUAGUGUUUGCCAGCAUCUUCAGGGCCUUAGGGACUGUGACUAUUUUCUCUUGUCUAAAAGCCAGUCUGUAAGCUUUGAUUAUUAGGAGGGAAAGGGAAGGGGUGGGGGGAGUGUUUUGUUUUUCUCUUUUGCCCUCUUAGCAGCAGUGGGGAGGGCAGGAUUGUAUGAGGGGAGUGGGAGGCAGAAUAUAAUUUCCCUGUGUGCUGGUUGUCUGAGUGGCUUCCCAAAUGCACCUGUAUGUAUGUGUGUGCACUUGUCCAUGCUCACAUACACGGAUGUCUGUGUAUAAUUAGUCAAUCCAUGUAGUAUAGUAGAAAGCUCUGGAUUUGGAGCCAGAGGGCCUAGAUUUUAAUUAUGGUUCUUCCUCUGUGUUACUCUUGUGCAACCCACUUAAUCUCUUCAGUUUCCGCAUCUGUAAGGGGUUGAACCAGAGGACCUUUAAGAGCCUAUCCAUAUUAAAAUCUAUGAUCCUACAAUCCCAUGUGCAAAAGGGUUUGGGCUAGGACUCCUUGGAAAUGCUUUACAGAUUGACCCAGCGUGUGAACCACCCAAUCAUUCUUAGGUUCCUCAGGGAGGUUACUCUGUAGUAGUCAUGCCCUCAGAGCGGUCCAGGAAGGGUUAACUAGAAAAAAGUUGUGGUGUAAGAGCAGUGGUUGCUAGAUCUCUUCCUCUCUCUUGGGUCAGGGGUCCUGACCCUUUAGGCCUGACUGUCCUCUCAUAUGUCUCUCUUUUCUUUUCCUGACCCACAUACCCUCCCCCACCCCCCACAGACCCCUGACCUUGGCAAUGACCAGAAAACAGGAUGACCUUGGCAGCAGGAGAGGGGAGAUAUCUGGAACAUAGUAAAAGGGACUUAAAGUCUUAAAAAAAAAAUCUGUCAGAGAAGGGAGAAACUACAACUGUAUGUAUGACUGGAGCCAAAAGCUGAUCUUUCAUGGUGGCCUUGGGAAUCUCAUUGCCAAUGAUUUUGGUACCAACAGGAGCCUUCCCCUAUCCUUGCAUUUGUCAGCUACCCAGUAUCCCUUUCAGCUCACCUAGCAGGCUGAGGACUAGAAAGAGUGGGAGAACAUUCAUCUGUGCUGUGUGGAAUGGCAGGGUUAAGAUUAAUAAUUGGAACACCUUUGAGGUCAGGGCAAGUAGGAGCCAGAGGAUGAUACCAUAUACUUUUUGUACUUUGUACAAAACAUUUGGAUAAAGUGAAGAAAUGCUGUUUUUGAAUAAAAUGCUUUUUAAAAAA